AUGGCUAGGAUACGGGCGGGCCCGGCCGCGGUGCGACGAGUUGCUGGCUGUGGCAAUUAUCUACGACAACCGUCAAUAAGCGCAUUACAGACAAGAGGCGUUGCGACCAACGCGGCGACCCAGGAGCCGAAUGUCGACUUUCCCGCGGGGAUUCCACCGGUUGCGGUACCGUCACGUUCGAGUGGAGACGCCCGGAGGAAAGCGAUCAAGAAUGCGAAACCCUUCUCCGACUUCUUGACGGACACGUUCAAUAGGCAGCAUGACUAUCUCCGGAUCAGUAUCACAGAGCGAUGCAAUCUGCGGUGUCUGUACUGCAUGCCAGAAGAGGGCAUACCACUGUCUCCGUCGGCCAACAUGCUUACCACACCCGAGAUCUUCUACCUCUCCUCGCUAUUCGUCUCACAGGGUGUCACCAAGAUCCGCCUCACUGGCGGCGAGCCCACCGUCCGUCGCGACAUCGUCCCGCUCAUGCAGCAGAUCGGCAGUCUGCGCCCGAAAGGCCUGCGCGAACUCGCACUCACAACCAACGGCAUCUCGCUACACCGGAAGCUGGACGCAAUGGUGGAAGCGGGUCUGACUGGCGUCAACCUCAGUCUGGAUACACUAGACCCGUUCCAGUUCCAGAUCAUGACUCGGCGGAAAGGCUUCGAUGCUGUCAUGAAGUCGAUUGAUCGCAUACUGGAGAUGAACAAACUAGGCGCCAACGUCAAGCUCAAGGUUAACUGCGUCGUCAUGCGGGGGUUGAACGAGCGCGAGAUUCUACCCUUUGUCGAGAUGGGCCGCGAAAAGGACAUCGAAGUACGCUUCAUCGAGUACAUGCCUUUUGGUGGAAACAAGUGGAGUGAGAACAAGAUGAUCAGCUUCCAGGAGAUGCUGGAUAUCAUCAGGACCAAAUAUCCGGGGCUCAGGCCGGUGCCAGGACACAAGAACGACACCAGUAAGACGUACGAGGUGCCAGGCUUCGUGGGCAAGGUCGGCUUCAUCACGAGCAUGACAAAUGACUUUUGUGGGACGUGCAAUCGGUUACGAAUAACGAGUGACGGCAAUCUGAAAGUCUGCUUACACGGUAACGCCGAGGUGUCUUUGCGCGACGUUCUGCGACAGGGCAACAAUGGCGAGCCCAUUGACCAGGAAGCAUUUGAGCGCAUCAGGCAGAUUGAGAUGGACCGACACGAAGGCCGCUUGAGCGAUGAGACAAUCCUUGGCUGGGGCCAACGCGAGCGCGAACUCCUUGACGUUGUUGGUGCUGCCGUCAAACGCAAAGCGGAAAAGCACGCCGACUUGGAUGAUCUGGCCAACAUGGAGAAUCGGCCCAUGAUCUUAAUUGGUGGGUAA